AUGGCGCGUACAGCUGCCAGGGCAAGCCUAGGAGAGGCCUCCUCAGGAAUGGGCGGUGCCUUUGAGGGGCGCGUCUCUUCGGGGCGGAGCUUUUGGGGGGAGCAGGAGUGGUCUGGGCGACGGGGCGUGUCCGGGGCGGGGCUCUGCUGCCCUUGGUCGAGCUACACUCCAGCACCGGCCCGCAGAGGCGGCACCGCCGGGGUGAACCAAGGAAACAUGCCGGGGAUCCAGAGCACCUUUCUGGCCAUGGACACGGAGGAGGGGGUAGAAGUGGUGUGGAACGAACUCCACUUCGGUGAUAGGAAAGCCUUUUCGGCCCAUGAGGAGAAGAUCCAGACCAUGUUUGAGCAGCUGGCGCUGGUAGACCACCCCAACAUCGUCAAGCUGCACAAGUAUUGGCUGGACGCCUCUGAGGCCCGAGCAAGGGUCAUCUUCAUCACAGAAUACGUGUCGUCUGGCAGCCUCAAGCAGUUCCUCAAAAAGACCAAGAAGAACCACAAGGCCAUGAACGCCCGGGCCUGGAAGCGCUGGUGUACGCAGAUCCUGUCGGCACUCAGCUUUUUGCACGCCUGCAGUCCCCCCAUCAUCCACGGGAAUCUGACCAGCGACACCAUCUUCAUUCAGCACAAUGGCCUCAUCAAGAUCGGCUCUGUGUGGUACCGCAUCUUCUCCAAUGCACUUCCUGAUGAUCUCCGGAGCCCCAUCCGCGCUGAGCGGGAGGAACUUCGAAACCUGCACUUUUUCCCACCAGAGUAUGGCGAAGUCAAUGAUGGGACUGCAGUGGACAUCUUCUCCUUUGGGAUGUGUGCAUUGGAGAUGGCUGUACUGGAGAUCCAAGCCAAUGGGGAUACCCGGGUCACAGAAGAGGCUAUUGCUCGAGCCAGGCACUCACUGAGUGACCCCAACAUGCGGGAAUUCAUCCUCUCCUGCCUGGCCCGGGACCCCGCCUGCAGGCCCUCUGCCCACAACCUUCUCUUCCACCGAGUGCUCUUCGAGGUGCAUUCGUUGAAGCUGCUGGCAGCCCACUGCUUCAUCCAGCACCAGUACCUCAUGCCAGAAAAUGUGGUAGAAGAAAAGACCAAGGCAAUGGAUCUACAUGCAGUCUUGGCUGAGAUGCCCCAGCCCCAGGGACCCCCAAUGCAGUGGCGGUACUCAGAGGUCUCCUUCUUGGAGCUGGACAAAUUCCUAGAGGAUGUCAGGAAUGGGAUCUAUCCACUGAUGAAUUUUGCGGCUGCCCGGCCCCUGGGACUUCCCCGUGUGUUAGCCCCACCCCCGGAGGAGGCCCAGAAGGCCAAAACCCCAACACCAGAACCCUUUGACUCAGAGACCAGGAAGGUGGUCCAGAUGCAGUGCAACCUGGAGAGAAGUGAGGACAAGGUUCGGUGGCAUCUCACUCUGCUUUUGGUGCUGGAGGAUCGUCUACAUCGACAGCUGACCUAUGACCUGCUCCCAACUGACAGUGCCCAGGACCUCGCCACUGAACUUGUGCACUAUGGUUUCCUGCAUGAGGAUGACCGGACAAAGCUAGCAGCUUUCCUGGAGACCACCUUUCUCAAGUACCGUGGGACACAGGCUUGA